GUUGCCGUCUGUUGCCUGAGCCCCUGCCCAGUGGUAGGUUGCCGUCUGUUGCCCAAGCCCCAGUCCAGGGGUAGAUUGCCGCCUGUUGCCCGAGGCCCCUGCCCAGUGGUAGGUUGCCGUCUGUUGCCCGAGCCCCUGCCCAGUGUCUCCAAUCCGCUGUCCAGUCACGGAGGGAGCUCGGCUGAGGCCCCAAGCCUAGGGGGGGAGAUUGCC